CUUCGUUCGUGUUUUAUCUCAGUAAUUCAAUGUCAAACUACUUUACAUUAAGAAGUGAUAAGAUUCAGGUGGUAAUUACAUUACUAAGGUAAGGCUUAAUGUUUUGAAGGUAUAUUGCCUGUACAUUAGGCGUAAGUAUAAUACAGGCAUCUCUGAAAUGUUUAAUACGUAUUUUCUAUACGCCAUACAGCGGACGUGAAAUCACUUUAUACGAAAUAUAAGCAGAAUUUACAUUCCAAAUUAGCUGGAAGUGCGUAUGUUUAUUCAGUGCAUGCGUUAGAUGUGUAAGUUCGUGUCAGGUUGUGUAUAGGCUACAGUGUUUUAAAUACUCUUAUAUAUUUGCAUGCGAUUACGCAACACAGAUUUCGUGGGAUACACACGUUUUAUUUUCAUUGGUCAGGGUGUUUUUAGUCAUGCGUAAAAUGUUGCCAUAUGAAUAAUAUUAACUGUGUAGGCAGCAAGAAAAUAUGAUUACGAACAUAAUAUACGUAUAUUUAUAUAGCAUAUAGAGCAGGUGCAGCAUAUGUAUGCUGUGUUUGCAACAAUAUACCCAUAUGGUUGUGUUUUUGUUAUAAAUUAUGAACAAAUCAAUCGUGUUGUAACAAGACAAUGGCUGUUAUGCUUCGUGACGUUUUUAAACGAAGGUAAUAUUAAACCUUAUUCCUUAUUACCGUCACCGUUUGACCUCAGUGAAAACUUUACGUUUGAAAUGUUACGUCACGAUAAACAAACCAUUUAUAAUGUAAGGAAAGCCGACAAACUAGUUAUUGUUUUAUAUAAACACCUGAGCCUGCAUAUUAUUUCGUAACCGCCGGUCGGGCGGUUAUUAUAAAACCAAACGUCACUUCCUAAAUUUUACCCUGGUAUAUGCUUGAUGCAGUUUUUCUCUUUAACCCAGUAAGCGGUCUACAUGAUUACACGCAUACAAAAAGCUAGAUCAACGAUAUAAUGUGUGGCAGUGAUUAUAACAGUGCGAGUUACAUUACAGGGCAAUAAUUAAUUUUACCUUACAGUAUAUAUUCUGAAUUUAUCCAACAGUAGUAUUAUAGCCUAAGGAAGUAUAGUAUAAAGGAUGUCAUUCUUCCUAAACGAAACAACUCCAGAGUUUGAUGGAAACAGUACUUUCAUUGCUCCAUUCGACACAGUGGGUGUAAUUGUUGCGUCACUGUUCCUGAUUCCACUCACUAUAUUUGGAACUCUCUCAAAUUUGCUGACUAUCUGGGUGAUUGCUAGGUGUCCAAAACUCAAGUCAACUUUUAACCUCUUUAUACUAAGUUUAUGCGUCAGUGAUCUAACGUCAGCUUUACACAGUCCAUUCUCGCUGUAUCAAAGGACAUGGGGGUAUGAAACGUGGGCUCUUUCUAAACCCGUUUGCCAGAUACUUUGGGCUUUAGAACAUUGGACGUCUCAUGUCACUUCACUUCAUAUACUGUGCUUUGCAACAUUAAGAUUUAUAUCUGUUCGUUAUCCGCAUUUCUUCAAUCGAAUCAGGCCGAGGCAUUCUCAAAUCACCAUCGUUGUGUUAUGGACAAUAACGCUUGGGCUUAGUUUUGUUCCUUAUUAUGUUUGGUCUACAGUUAUAAAAAGGGACAGCAGAACACCGCCCACUAUGGCUUCUUGCCUUAUUUUACCAUCCGACCCAUCAGCAAUCAUAUACAUUAGAGCCACCUUCGUGGUUUUAAUAUUCAUCCCGAUAAUAUUGGUUACAAUAUUUUCGUUGGGAAUCUCAGUUUUGGUUUUGCGUUCAAGGAAAAAGAGACAAAAGAACAGAAAAAGUGUCUACAGUUUGACUAAUAGCGAAAAUGCAUCAGAUCGAAAGCGGGUUGCGAAGGAAAACAAAAUGAUGUUACAACUUGGAUUAAUAGUUGCGUCAUAUUUACUUGGUUACAUUCCUUCUGCUGUGUUCCGAUUCUGGAUUGCGGAGACCGGGCUCGCCCCCACAGCCGAUUGGUGGUUUAGCCUUAUUCAAUUCUUAACUAGAAGAAUAAGUGAAUGUCUUAACCCAGUUUUUUAUAACGUGGCUUCAAGUUCGCUGAGGAAUGAAUCAAAGAGAGCACUCGGGUUUCAUGUAACAAAGGGGUUAAGUACCGUAAGAACAGAUAAUACCUAAACAUUUACCGGAAGCCUAUAUUAGUGUGGCUCUCCUCAGAAAUAUGAACCGUCGUUGUGGCGAUAAGGUGUGUCCGGCGCCGUAGCACACUUGGUUAGCGCACCUGUCUGUAACCGAGAGGUAAUGAAUUCAAGCCUUGUCGCUUCAUAUAAAGACUUUCGUUUUCGAACACGCGUUAAAGUAAAUUGGAAUCACUGUUCCGUGCUGCAACCACUCUAGGCGUACCGUUUUGCGAAAAAAAACUUAAGGACGAUACUGCUCCAUCACAGAUGGUCACGGUUGUCCAAAUUUUCCAACAUCCAGAAAAAAAGGGGAUGAAAACUAAAAAACAAUCACCCACAAACUUAUAUACGUAGUAACCCGUGUGUGGACACUGAAACUGUAAAAUUGUUGUGCAAUAUAUAAAACUUUUCGUAAAGGUACAUCCUUCUAAUGAUGCGCAGACACUUCAUUAUUAUUAUUCCUUGUGUGUAUGGAAGAGCUCUUUUACAUUUAAAAUGUUCACCAGGUUAUAUUGUAUUCAU